UAAAUACUGUUCUGUACACUGACCAACUGAAUUGCGUCGUUAAAACGGCGAUUCUUAGUUAAAUCUUCAAAGUUGUAGCGGCCUGUCAACUGUUGAGACAUAUCAUGUCAUCUCCAGAGCAAUUACAAAUUGUUCAAUCAAAAUUCACGUCAGGUGAAACCGUUGUAAUUACAACGGAAGCAUCCUUGAUGCAAGGAUGGGUAAGAGCAGCGAGGCUCCUUGCAUUAGUCAACAAGGGUUCUACGUAUGCCGUAGUCAUAUUACUUACAUCCAGGUCUCCUCCACAAGUAUAUAGUGAUCUCACCAUAGAAAGAGUAUUGCCUAUUGAUCAAGAUUUUAAGUGUGAUAUAGGUACAGAUGGAAAACAACAGGAUGGAUUGGAAGUAUAUUUAAAUAUAUCGUCUAGAAAACUUCAAUUAGUAUUUGAAAUGAGACCUGGAGUCGCUACUAGUUCUUUAGUCUCUGAAAUAUUCCGAGCUAUCGAAGUGUAUCAAAAGAAUAAAAAUUCAACGAUGGAAUACUUCUGGAUUCAAAAAUUAACAGGAAGUACAAGAAAUUUAGAUAGCACUGUUGAUAUUGGUUCAGACAGUGCUGAUCCAGUAAGAUCUGUAACUAACUCUGCACGAUCUCUAGUGGAACUAGAAAGCCCCGAUCUAGUAGUACCAAGGCGAAACAUUGCCUCCGGGAAAACGCCAGUUGCUGCAAGAGAGUCAGUAGUUCGAUAUCAAAUGGCAUGUAAAGAAGAUGAUUAUACAUAUACGGAAGUGUUUAGAAUAUUUGUAGGCACUUGGAAUGUUAAUGGACAACCACCAAAUGGAAUCACAAUAGAGCAAUGGUUAAGUUGCGACGAGGUGCCGCCUGACUUGUACGCUAUUGGUUUCCAGGAACUGGAUUUAAGCAAAGAGGCAUUCCUCUUCAAUGAUACUCCACGUGAAGAAGAAUGGCGGAAAGUCGUAACCAAAUCGUUGCAUCCAAAAGGCGUUUACCAGCAAGUUGCAUUAGUGAGACUUGUGGGUAUUAUGCUAAUCAUAUUUGCUCGAGACAUACACAUGCCUCAUAUAGACAAUGUCAGCGUAGAUACCGUAGGCACUGGAAUAAUGGGAAAAUUGGGCAAUAAAGGCGGCGUGGCUGUAAGUUGUUCGAUUCAUAAUACAUCCGUUUGCUUUGUAAAUGCACAUUUGGCUGCACAUUGUGAAGAAUUCGAGAGGCGGAAUCAAGAUUAUGCGGAUAUCUGUGCUAGGCUGAGCUUUUCCAAAUACGUUCCACCAAAAAAUUUUAAAGAUCACGAUCAGAUUUAUUGGUUGGGCGACCUAAACUAUCGGAUAACUGAAAUGGACGCUGCUAUUGCAAAGCAUCAUAUUUCAAUGGAGAAUUACCACCCCGUUCUGCUUCUAGACCAACUUGGCCAACAGAAGAGGCUUGGUAAAAUUUUUCAAGGUUUUCACGAAGCUGAGAUUAACUUCAAACCAACUUAUAAAUAUGAUCCGGGUACCGAUUACUGGGAUUCAAGCGAAAAGGGAAGAGCACCUGCCUGGUGUGAUCGCGUACUAUGGAAAGGAGAACCAAUAGCUUCGAUAAAUUAUAGAAGUCAUCCCGAAUUAAAGAUCUCUGACCACAAACCAGUCAGCGCAGUUUUUGAUUCCCAGAUUAGGGUCAUCGACAAGGUAAAAUAUCGAAAAAUCCAUGAAGAAGUCAUGAAGAAAUUAGAUAAAUUAGAAAACGAAUUCUUGCCUCAAGUGAUGGUGGACACGACAGAAGUAAUUUUUGAUACUUUAAAGUUCCUGGAGCCCAGCAGUAAAGAACUUAUAAUCGCUAAUACCGGGCAAGUACCCGUUCAAUUUGAGUUUAUAAAGAAGCUGGAUGAUAUCAGUUAUUGCAAAGACUGGUUACACAUAGAGCCUUAUACUGGGUUUAUAAAACCUGGAGAGAAAUGUGACAUAAAAUUGGAAGUCUAUGUCGACAAGAAAUCGGCAUGCAAACUAAAUUCGGGAGAGGACAAAUUGUACGACAUUCUAGUCCUGCAUCUCGAAGGAGGAAAGGAUAUUUUUAUCACCGUAACAGGUACAUACGAAAGAAGUUGCUUUGGGUCUUCAAUGGAAGCGCUAGUGCAUAUUUCUGUACCAAUCAGAGAAGUUCCUGUCGGCAGGUUAAUGGAAUUGGAAAAUAAUAAAAAUUUGUCGUCAGAACCAUACUCAGUUCCAAAAGAAGUGUGGCAGUUAGUUGAUAGGUUGUACCGACAUGGUAUUAAAACGGCUGGACUGUUCGAAACUCCAGGACUUCACAGUGAGAUCAUAGCAAUAAGAGAUUGGUUGGAUCUCGGGAGUCAAGAUCCUAUACCUGGUGGCGUUCAUUCCGUCGCGGAAGCCCUCCUUCUACUUUUAGAAUCCACCGCCGAACCUCUAGUCCCAUACAAUUUACAUAAUGUAUGUUUAUCGGCGGCUACAAAUUAUCUGCAGUGCAAGCAGAUCGUUAUGCAGCUACCAGAAAUAAGAAGAACGGUAUUCUUAUACACUUGUUCGUUUCUUCAAGAGCUUUUAAAUCACUCACAAGAUAACGGCCUAGACGCUAAGACACUUGCGACGCUGUUCGGUUCUAUUUUUCUGAGAGACCCUCCCAGAAGUAGGGACGACCGUCUCCAGAGGAGUCGAGCCACUCAAGCGACGUUCGACAGGAAGAAAGCUGCAUUUGUAUAUCAUUUUCUGAUAAACGAUCAAAGUGAUUUCAUUUUUGGUCGAUAGUUAUGGACGUGAAGAAGGUAAGAACAAAAUUUAAGUAUUAGAGUAUCGGAAAAUUUUGUUCUGCCUUGGUACAUACGUAUUGUACUUAUGUGCAUAAUAUUUAACAUAUACACGUUCGUAAAAUUACAGAGUAUAAUCCGGCUUACGCGUUGAAACGUAAACAGUUAUGAUAUGCUUACACGUGAAUGAAUUACAACCUAGAACAAGGUUUUCUGUCGGUUGAAAUAAUAGACUAACGUCAAGUAAUUUAAUUCUUCUAACUUGGACAGUUCAAUCGUUGAUUUCAUACCAUUUUUUACCUAAAUCAUUGUGUAAGUGAUAUUUAUUAAGGGCUACUAGAAUGCCCAGGUAACUUGAGUCCAUUCGUUACUCUAGAGAACAAACUGGGUAUUUUUAUAGUUUUAUACAAUUCCAUGGUUAUCCUCUAAGGCCGUCUGUAGUGCGGAAUUGGCUUUCCUUUUUAAGGGAAGCUUAAAAGUACAACCUCUACUUAUAUCACUGUUGUGUUAAGCGAUAAUAUGACACCAUUGUAUUAUUUAGAAUUAACGUGUUACAGUAAUGCAUUAUGCCAUAAAAAAUUGUUUUCUUCAAAAUCCUUUGAAAUGGUAUGUAGUGAUUUUCAUUUAAAACAUUUUAUAAUUCGACAUCGAUGGUAUAGAAAUUUUCAUGAAUCAUACAUUGUAGGAAAUAUACAAUUAUAUAUAUUUUUCGCUUAACAUGACAGAAUAAAAUAGCCAUUUGUGUAUAAUUACGUAAAUUCGUUUCAUUCAAAGGUUGAGAUUAUAUCCUGAUUGUUUAUUUGUUGCAUCCUUAGUAGUAAAAUGAUAGGAUAUCUGUAUUGAUUAUAAUUACCUUAUUUUAAUGUAUUAUAUAUUUAUUGAUGACCCUUACUAAUAAUCCCUUAUGUAUGCAGUCAAAUGAUGGAACAAAUGAUGAGAUUCUAGACAAUGUAUGUAUAUGUAAUCGCUAUCGCCAAAUGUUUAGAGUCCUAACAUCAAGUACAGUGCCAAUCAACUAUAGAACUUUUUUUUUUUUUUUGGUAUUUCACUAAGUAAAACUUACUUAAUAUGUUUAAUUAGUUAAGGUAAUUUAAUCGAUUUCUUUUGUGCAUAUUAGAUUACAUUUUUGCAAUAG